UCGGAAAAGCAAAGUUGCACAUUGUUUAUUUCCAAUUUAAAGGUUAUUUAAUAACACGUGUUUUGACACGCUAAAAAAUACUGCUCCAAUAGUAAUCAAUUACGUGGCAAUAUUGCAGGAAAGAAAUAACAGCGUCACAUUAUUGACAGUUGCGCGAGACGGAAGUUACUGGUCGAAUCCAUCCACAUCAGUUUUAUUUCCGAGUGAAAGUGCAAGCGAUGUAAGUGCUGACCCAAAUAGUGAAUGGAUAACGACGAUGUAUCCUGGGUUAGCCUAUACCUCGGUUACAUGUAGAAACAUUGCAAACAUAAAUAUUUCUUACCACGACAGGUUUUCAAACUGAAAUGUCAAAUAAACAAGUCGAUCUCAUCAUUUGAAAUCCAACGGUACCAGACUGGGGAACAUUCUGUAAUCCGAGAAACUGUCAAUGUGACUUGGCUGUUUACAGCAGCCAACAGAGGACUGACAACUGUGUUUUUGAUUAGCGCUGCUGAACGAAGGGGAGGAGGAGGAAGAAGAAGAAAAGCCUUGCCAGUCCGCGAAGAUCCUUGUCUCUGUUUAUUUAUCAAAAAAAACCUGACUGAAUAGCUAGUGCAUCCUGGGUUGCAGGCAUACCAAUUUGACGGUGUCAAAUCGCGGAGCGAGCGCACCUGUGAUGGCACCACGUCACUGCUUGUCUUGAGCCACUGCGCUGCAAAAUGCAAGUGGACUUUCUUUGCUAAAGUUUAAUCACGAUUUUUUCCAUUCAUUUUUUGGCGUAGUAUGAAAGGAACCUUGAAAAUGAUAAAAAAACGAAGCCCUUUGGACUUAUAAAAGAAACAGCUUCUAAAAGACAGGUGUUUCGCGGCAUCUGUCAUUGCAGUCGGUUAUUUUAUCCGGAUACAACAUCUGUGAAAAGGCGGAUGGAAGUGUGGCCUACUGUGCGAACUGGAAUACGGGUGGGAGGCAUAACCUACAUUAUACAGGUUGCUCUAUAGUCUCCAGUAAAGGGUCAGAGGGAGUGCCAUGUUGAAGCUGCUCUUCCACAACAUGCUGGUGUUGAUCUGUCUUCACCCUUCACCACACUGGACCUCCCUCCCAACAUAACGUAACCCCCACUGCUGUCGAUAUUCCUUCUCCUCCACUGCUUGGGCCGGAGAGAGGUACUUGGUCCCUGUGAAAAAUGUUCUAUGCAUUUCAGAACCUAUUCGAAUGGAGUCGACCACGGUUGACCUUUCCCCAUCAUUUACUCUUCCUUGGUUUCUCGUGCUGCUUAUUCCUGUCCACAGGUGUAUCCCCUGAGAUCUGCCGGGUGACUGGGGGAGUGUUGGGGAUCCACUGGAGCAGUGUGGUUGGUUUAGGGUGGCGCCCCCUGGCCUCCGGGAGGGGGGGCCCCCGCUGCUGGGAGUCAUGCUGCCUGGAGCCGGCCUGCAGUGCUGUGUGGAGCUUAGGGGGGCACUGUGUGCUUCUCAGCUGCUCCAACUCAGGGGGCUGCCAGGUCACAUUGCUCCCCCAGCCCCACAUUGAGUCCCUUGGGCUCCUGCAGCAGCUUUCGAAGGGCACCGUCGCAGCUCGAAGGAGGAGGAAGCCCAGAUGGGCACUAACAGGAAAGGGAAGUGGGUCGCUCCAAGAACGCUCAAGCACUCAGAGGUUUUCCAGGGAUGCUGAUCCUCCAGCUCCAACAGCUGACGUCAUAAGCGGAGGCCCUGUCCUUCAAAUAUCCAGUAAGAAUCACAGUCAAACCAAUGGAAGUGGAGAAGCCCCAUUACCUUCACAGCAGAACUCCACAUCUGAGGAACCCCAAGAUAAAAUGCCUUCCAACAGCAGCUCCACGCUUCCCACUACUGCUCCUACAAUCACUUCAUCACCAACCCAGGCCGUACGGGAGUUGGUGGUGUCGGCGGGCGAGAGCGUGGAGGUCACGCUGCCACGCAGCGAGGUUGAACUCAACGCCUUUGUGGUGCCGGCGCCAAAGCCAGGCACCACCUAUGCAUUUGACUGGCUGUUGAAAACCCAUCCCAAAGACUACAGUGGCGAGAUGGAGGGGAAGCACAGCAAGACACUCAAACUCAGCAGGUUAACAGUGGGGUUUUAUGAGUUUGAGGUGACAGUGGACGGCGACGGCGCACACGGAGAGGGUUAUGUGAAUGUCACCGUCAAACCAGAGCCCCGGGUAAACAAGCCGCCUGUCGCUGUGGUUUCCCCAAAGUACCAGGAGAUCUCCUUGCCAACCAGCUCCACGGUGAUUGAUGGCAGCCAGAGCACAGAUGAUGACAAGGUUGUGACGUGGCACUGGGAGGAGGUGAAGGGACCACUGAGGGAGGAGAAGGUAUCGGCAGACACCCAAAUCCUCACCCUUACCGGCUUGGUCCCGGGGAACUACACCUUCAGUCUGACAGUGACAGACUCAGACGGGGCCCAGAACUCCACCCAGGCCAUGCUGUCAGUCAACAAGGCCAUGGACUACCGGCCGGUGGCCAACGCCGGACCCAACCAGGUCAUAACCCUGCCGCGGAACUCGGUCACGCUGAAUGGCAACCAGAGCACAGACGACCACGAGCCGCUCGCCUAUGAGUGGUCGCUGAGCCCCGAGAGCAAGGGCAAGGUGGUGGAGAUGCAGGGAGUCCGGACGCCCAUUCUGCAGCUGUCUGCCAUGCAGGAGGGAGACUACACCUUCCAGCUCACCGUCACAGACUCAGCUGGACAGCAGGACACAGCCCGGGUAACUGUUAUUGUCCAGCCAGAGAACAACAAGCCCCCGGUAGCGGACGCUGGUCCAGAGAAGGAACUGACCCUGCCCGUGGACCGCACCACCCUGGACGGCAGCAAGAGCACGGACGACCAGAAGAUCUCCACCUACCACUGGAAACAGAGUGGGGGCCCGGACGGCGUGAAGAUCGAGAACGCAGACAGCGCCAUCGCCACAGUGACAGGGCUGCAGGUGGGCCGGUACAUGUUUAGCCUGACCGUGACGGACGAGAGGGAGCUGGAGAACACGGACGUGGUCACCGUUAUCGUCCGAGAGGAAAAAGACAUGCCCCCAGUAGCCCGGGUCCAGUCCAGCCCGGCCAUCUCUCUGCCCGUGCGCACCGCUUUCCUGGACGGCUCCCACUCCACGGACGACAAGGGCGGAGUCAGCUACACAUGGACUCGUGACGACAGCAGUCCUGCAGCAGGGGAUGUGCUGAAUAACUCUGACCACCAGGCGGUGCUGUUUCUCACCAACCUGGUGGAAGGGAAGUACAGUUUCACACUGACGGUUACCGACAGUAAGGGCCAGAGCCACACGGAGAAAGGGUCUGUGGAGGUGAAGCCAGAUGGCUGGCAGCGUGACCUGGUGGAGCUGGUGCUGGAGGUGCCCAUUUCCCAGGUGUCCCAUCGCCAGAGGGACAUGCUGCUCCGACAGGUGGGCGUCCUGCUGGGUGUGCUCGACAGCGACAUCAUUGUCCGGGAGAUCAGCGCCUUUAAUGAGCACAGUACCCGUCUGGUGUUCCUGGUGUCUGGGGGUCCAAAUCGCCCUCCUCUCUCUGGUCACAGUGUAGCUGUGGGGCUACGCAACAAAUUACGCAAACAGAAGAACGACUUCCUGAUCUUCAAGGCACGCCGGGUGGACACAGUCAUUUGCCAGCUAAACUGCUCCAGUCAUGGGGAUUGUGACUCGUUUACACGGACCUGUGUCUGUCACCCCUUCUGGAUGGAGAAUUUCAUCAAAGCACAGCUGUGGGAUCAAGAGAGUAACUGUGAAUGGAGCGUGCUGUAUGUAACCAUAGCAUCAUUCAUGAUUGUGGUGGCCUUCGCAACUGUUGUCUGGGGUAUGGUGUGUUGCUGCCGCAGGCGUAAGGGCAAGGGGCGCCACAAGAGCAAAAGCCGCUACAAGAUUCUAGAUGGCGAAGAGCAGGAAAGCCUGGAGCUACACCCACCCCGUGCUGGCCGACUGAAGCCAGCACCCGCCCCCUCGUCUUCAGCCCUCAUGCACUCCGACUCUGACCUGGACAGUGACGAUGGGCAAGGAGGGGUCCCGUGGACAGACCGCGAGCGGGGACACCUCCUGCGACCCCAGAACGGAAGCCUGAGGAACGGACAGGGUCCCACAAGGAGCAAAAAGCAACGAGAGGAGCUGCUAUAGCAACAGAGGGCAGGGUGUCGCCCCUCCUCACCCUGAAACUCUCCCCACUCCCCCACAUUCUCUCUAGAUUUUCCCCUCUACACGGACUCUGCACCUCUCCACCAUACAGAAACUCUACCAACACUGGUCCUGGAGAAGGAGUGGAAAACCGUAUUGGACAUAGGGUUAAGCAACCCAGUACCAUAUUCAAACUACUGUGUCUAAGCUGAGCCAAACGGAAGGAGAUGGGGGGGGGGGGGUUAUAUGGGGAACGUAUGGUCACAAUGUUGAGUUAACCCUGUUCACUCCUGAGACACUGAGAAUGUACCACCACCCCCCCCCCCCCCCCCCCCCACUGCUAGUGAAAACUAGCCUGAUAGAUCUUGAUUUCUUCAGACAGGAAGUGCCCCAUUGUCAUGUGAUCUACAUGGAAACUGAGCCUGUCUCACAUACGCAAACCUGCCGAGAGUUUCUUUGUGAUGCACAUCUCUUCCCAGGCUGAUCGACAGACACUCCUACAGGUUGUAGUAGUUAGGCAAAAACCCAGUGCUGGCAUAUACUGCAAUAACAUGUUACAAUAUGGCUGACAAGUACGGUUGAUGUUCACACACAACCAAUGGCCAAAAGCUGUGUCUGGGCAUAAGAGUAUGGUGGAUGACGUGUUUUGUUUGAAUGUUUGAUGGCCAGGUUUGCAUGAGCCACUGUUGUUUUGUGUGCCGAAGGCGUAGAUGCGUUUGUUUGCUGGCAGAGAGUACUGAGGGAUUAUGUUUUUAGUGCGCCAAAGCCUCAUAGAAUAUUCACACACUGGAUGACACACUGGAUGCCCCAGCCCUGUUAAUGUGGAUGCUAUCAAGACAAUUUGGAAAACCCAGAUCCUCUGUUUGUUUUUCUUUUUUUGUGUAGAGCUGUCUAGUCAAUUUCCGAUAGUUUUCAAGUUGGACCUUUUAGAGUUGUCUUGAAAACACUUGAUGAUGAUGGCGGCACAUAGGGAAGAAAGGGGAAACUCUUCCUACUCACCUAAGACACUAACGACUGCUAGAACCCAGAAGACCACUUUAGGUCUAGUCUGUUUUUAUUUUAGUCAAUCGUUCUAAUUCUGAUGCACUUUGUUUUUCACGCUGACUGUGGUUCUUGGUCUGCAUCUCCACUAUGCUAUCACUGGCUGCUAACUGAACAAAUGUCAAUCAGGAAUUGAUUCAGUUCAGCCGUAGAUGGUUGGACUCUCCAUUUGCCCAAAACAUACCUCUUCCAAACUUGAGUGGUGGUGUCACUUUGCAUGUUGAUUACUGUGAACCUGAACUUGAGUCUGACUUUUUAGUCCUUUUUUUUGGGUUGUUGAAUGUUUAAGAGGGAAAACCUCUGACCUAAUCAGAGGAAUGCUCUGGGAAAUAAGCAAUCAUUUUUAUUCCAAAUCAGUCUCAGUGCAAGUCAUCUCAUGCUGUUGCUCUAUUGCACUAGUCGAGCACAUUUAUGACAGAUUGGUGGCAGGCAUUCUGGGACAUGGAGUUAAUUGUGAAGUCAGACAGGUAACAGCCACAAAAUGAAGGGAUUCUGUGUUCUUUUAUUUGUUAAGUAACAGAUUUGUGAAGGAUUCCACUCACUAUGUGACCUGACCUGAUGCAACUGGAUAAUCUGUAAAUUAAAUUAAACUGUUUAAAAUCUUU